UGAUUUACUAUGGCAAAUAAUCAUUUUGUCGCCUUAUGUUACAAUGAACGAUCAGCGAUUAGUGAGCUGAGGAUGGCACACACUGGCAUGGCUUCAGAAUUUAACACCAACUAGUUUAAAGUACCAGCAGCGACUGAACACCGGGCGGGCUGUGAUGUGGAGUAACGGUGGAGGCAGCAUCGCCACUUUUGACUUUUUUCUGGGAACGAUUCAGUCCAUCCGCAAAGCCGCACAGAACAAUGAAGUGCAGUGUCCAGUUCAGCCCCCCCCCCACCGCGGCAUAUGAUGGUGCUCAUUUCACCCUUAGCUGCUUCUUAAGGGCAAUAACCAGUGUUUAAACGGGUCUGGCUACUGGAAGGGUUUUGGUGGACCAAACGUGAGGAGAAAGGCCAGCUGGAAGUCUGCUUUGAUUCCAGCAGUAGCCAUGGAGGAGGAGGUGGGCAUGGAGUAUUUGCUGGAACAGGUGAUGCAGAAGGACCUGGGGAAGAGGCUCCAGGUGGGCCAGGAGAUCAUAGAGGUCAUCCUGAAUGAGGAGAAGUCCCCCGGGCUGGAGCAAGACCAGACGACGCUGGACAGAAUGGUGGACUCGGUGGCCAGCUCCUGGGUCAACUCCAGCAACUUCAAGGUGGUUUUGCUGGGGAUGGAUAUUCUGUCGGCUCUGGUCAGCAGACUGCAGGAGAGAUUCAGGACUCAGGUUGGAACUGUUCUCCCAAGCCUGAUAGACCGAUUAGGAGAUGCUAAGGACCAAGUUCGGGAACAGGACCAAGCUCUUCUCCUGAAAAUCAUGGACCAGGCUGCUAACCCACAGUAUGUGUGGGAGCGAAUGAUGGGAGGCUUCAAACAUAAGAACAACAGGACCAGAGAAGGAAUCUGCAACUGUCUCAUCUCAACCUUAAACGCGUUUGGAUCUCAGAGUCUGACGCUCAGUAAAAUAGUUCCUCACAUCUGUAACCUCCUCGGAGAUCCCACAAGUCAGGUGCGCGACGGAGCCAUGAACUGCCUCGUUGAGAUCUACCGUCACGUUGGAGAGCGAGUGCGAAUGGACCUGGGAAAGAAGGGCCUGCCUCAGUCACGGCUGAACGUCAUCUUCAGUAAAUUUGACGAAGUUCAAAGGUCAGGGAACAUGGUCCUGUCACCUGUGUCAGACAAAAACUUUGAGGACGAUGACUCGGUGGACGGCGGCGGCCGCUCCAUGUCCUCGUCCAAAGGAGCAUCGCUGUCCGGGAGGAAGACGAUGAGCAUGGGUUCAUUUCGACGCCCCGCCUCCGCUUCUAGCGCCAAGUCUGCAGGGAGGGAUGGGUCUGGUGCUGGAGCUGUGGAUGAGGAGGACUUCAUCCAGGCCUUUGAGGAUGUUCCCACAGUGCAAAUCUACUCUAACAGGGAGGUGGAGGAGGCCAUGACGAAGAUUCGAGAUGUGCUGUCAGACGAUAAGAGGGACUGGGAGCUCAGAGUGGCGGCUCUGAAGAAGGUGCGUUCGCUGCUCCUGGCUGGUGCAGCAGAGUUUGAUGGGUUUCUGCAGCAGCUGCGGCUCAUGGAGGCGGCGUUCAAACUGUCCGCCAAGGACCUCCGCUCGCAGGUGGUGAGAGAGGCCUGCAUUACCCUGGGCCACCUGUCGUUGGUGCUCAGCGGUCGCUUUGACCACGCAGCAGAGGCCGUCAUGCCGACCCUCCUCAACCUGGUCCCCAACAGUGCCAAAGUCAUGGCCACCUCCGGCGUGGCCGCCAUCCGCCUCAUCCUCAGACACACACACUUCCCACGUCUCAUCCCCAUCAUCACCAGCAACUGUACCUCCAAAUCUGUGGCUGUCAGAAGGCGUUGCUAUGAGUUCCUGGACCUGCUGCUGCAGGAGUGGCAGACGAGCUCUCUGGAGAGACAUGGAACAGUUUUAAUGGAGACUAUAAAGAAAGGGAUCCACGAUGCAGACGCUGAGGCUCGUUCUGUGGCAAGAAAGUGUUACUGGGGUUUCCAUGGUCACUUCAGCCGGGAGGCGGAGCAGCUGUUCCAGGGCCUGGAGUCAUCCUAUCAGAAAGCUCUGCAGGCUCACCUGAGGAGCGGAGACAGUCUGAUGUCGCUGCCUGCCUCCGAUCGUUCCUCCUCUUCCUCUCAGGAGAGCCUUAAUCGACCCCUGUCUGUAAAAAGCACCGCUGGAAGCAGCGCAGCCAGAUCCAAACCUGCCCACACCUCCAGGACGCCUGCAGCAGCUUCCUCUCCAGGCUCCCUCCAGCGUUCUCGCAGUGAUGUGGAUGUCAACGCGGCAGCCACCGCCACGGCUCGCACCAGGAUGCCCGCCGUGCCCUCUGCCGUGCCGUCGUCAGCUUCUCCCUUCAGCUCGGCCUCAGCUCUUCCCCCUGGAUCCUACGCUUCACUGGGCCGAGUACGAACCCGGAGGACGAGUUCAGGAAACGGUCCGUCUGUGACAGACAGCCGAGGUCGGAGCCGAGGGAAAGUCGUCUCACAGUCUCAGCCCGGCAGUCGCUCCGGUUCUCCAGGCCGGCUGCUCAGCUCCACCUAUGGCAGAAUUCCAAGACCGACGAUGGGCACUUCCACCUCGACCGCCGCCGCCUCUGCCAACAACGCUUCUGCCAGUCUGACCGACAAGAGCCGACCUCGAGGUCACCGCAGCCAGGGCUGCAGCCGAGAGACCAGUCCCACCAGAUCAGGCAUGGCCCGGAGUCGAAUUCCCCGACCAAGCAUGAGUCAGGGCUGCAGCCGCGAAACCAGUCGCGAGAGCAGCCGCGACACGAGCCCCGCCAGGGGUUUCUCCCCCCUGGACCGGCUGUCCCAUCAGGCUCGGAUCUCAGCCUCUGUCAACGCCAUGAGAAUCCUCAACACCGGCACUGAGGUUGAGGCUGCUGUUGCAGAUGCUCUGCGGAGGCCGGUGAGGCGGCGUUUUGAGUCACCGGGCAUGUACUCUGAUGAUGACGCCAACAGCGACGCCUCCAGCGCCUGCUCGGAGCGCUCGUACAGCUCACGCAACGGCGGCAUGGCGCCGCAUUACCUGCGUCAGACGGAGGACGUGGCAGAGGUGCUGAACCACUGCGCUAGUGCCAACUGGUCUGAGAGGAAGGAGGGACUGCUGGGACUACAGAAUCUGCUCAAGAGCCAGAGGAUGCUCAGUCGUGUGGAGCUGAAGAGGCUUUGUGAGAUCUUCACCAGGAUGUUCGCGGACCCUCACAGCAAGAGAGUCUUCAGCAUGUUCCUGGAGACGCUGGUGGACUUCAUCAUUCUGCACAGGGACGACCUGCAGGACUGGCUCUUCGUCCUGCUCACCCAGCUGCUGAAGAAGAUGGGGGCUGACCUCCUGGGCUCCGUCCAGGCCAAAGUCCAGAAGGCCCUUGAUGUCACCAGAGAGUCUUUCCCGUAUGAGCAGCAGUUCAACAUCCUGAUGCGUUUCAUCGUGGAUCAGACGCAGACGCCCAACCUGAAGGUGAAGGUGGCCAUCCUGCGCUACAUCGAAGCCCUGGCCCGCCAGAUGGAUCCGGCUGACUUUGUCAACUCCAGUGAGACGCGUCUCGCUGUCUCACGCAUCAUCACCUGGACCACAGAGCCCAAGAGCUCUGACGUCCGCAAGGCGGCCCAGGUGGUGUUGAUCGCCCUGUUCGAGCUGAACACACCUGAGUUCACCAUGCUGCUGGGAGCUCUGCCCAAAACCUUCCAGGACGGGACCACCAAGCUGCUGCACAACCACCUGAGGAACGCCAGCGCCAACAGCGGCGUCGUCAUGGCGUCUCCCAGUAACUCAGCAGGUCGGACGCCUCCACGACAGCCCAGCAGCCGCAGCAGCCCGCUCACCUCGCCCACCAACUGCUCCCAUGGAGGGCUUUCUCCCAGUCGGGUGUGGGGCUGGAGUGCAGAUGGGCUCUCCAAAUUCCCUCCUCCACCCUUCCCCUCCCCUCUUCCUCCACCCACUGCCCACUCCUCCCUCAAGGCCCUGCGGCGAGCUUACUCACCCAGUAUGCUGGAGUACGACAGUGAAAACCUGAACUCAGAGGAGAUCUACAGCUCGCUGCGCGGCGUCACCGAGGCCAUUCAGAACUUCAGCUUCCGCAGCCAAGAAGACCUGAUGGAGCCACUGAGGCGGGAAGGCAAGAGGGACGGCGCGCCUGGAGUCGGGGCGUCCUCUGACCCUGACCCUCGGCUCGGUGGUGAUGUGGUGGAGGGCGGACGCACUGCCCUGGACAACAAGACGUCGCUGCUGAACACUCCCUCGCCACGAUCCUUCGCCGGGCCACGGUUCCGCGACUACAAUCCGUACAACUACACCGACGGCAUAAGCACACUGGACAAAGCCGCCCUGAAGGAUGCGCUGUACGAGGGCGCUGUGGAGCAGCUACGAGAUGGCCGACGACAAGAAUCUGUUGAAAACAAGAUCCUGAACCCAAAAAGCUUCCCUGCAGGCCCCGCCGAGCAGCUGGAGCUGGUCGGGGAGCUGCUGAAGGAGCUGUCUCAGGGCCAGGCAGGAGAGCGGGGCCCCGAGGAGCAACGGGGGACCCUUCUGGAGCUGCUGAAGGUGGCCAGAGAGGACAGCCUGGUGGUUUGGGAGGAACACUUCAAGACCAUGCUGCUGCUGCUGCUGGAGACGCUGGGAGACAAAGAUCACACGAUCCGGGCUCUGGCCCUGCGAGUCUUGAAGGAGAUCCUGAGGAACCAGCCGGCCCGCUUCAAGAACUACGCCGAGCUCACCAUCAUGAAGACGCUGGAGGCGCACAAAGACUCGCACAAGGAGGUGGUGCGGGCGGCGGAGGAGGCAGCCUCCACGCUGGCAGGCUCCAUCCACCCGGAGCAGUGCAUCAAGGUCCUCUGUCCCAUCGUGCAGACAGCAGACUACCCCAUCAACCUGGCCGCUAUUAAGAUGCAGACGAGGGCCAUUGAACGCAUCACCAAGGAGCCAUUGCACCAGCUGCUGCCUGACAUCAUACCUGGACUCCUGCAGGGCUACGACAACACAGAGAGCAGUGUGAGGAAGGCCAGCGUCUUCUGCCUGGUGGCCAUCUACUCUGUGAUUGGUGAGGAGCUGAAGCCUUACCUGGCUCAGCUGACCGGCAGCAAGAUGAAGCUGCUCAACCUGUACAUCAAGAGGGCCCAGACCUCCACCAGCAACAGCAGCAGCUCCUCCGACAUCUCGUCCUACUAACUCCCACAGCACACGCUUAGCUUUCAGAAACCAUCUCAUUCCACCAGCUGAUCUGAUCUUUAGGACCAGGCCCUGCACCUGAACCUCCACACUACCGUUAGUCAUGAGCCUUAAGACUUCAUCUUCCAUCCAGGGGUGAUGGAACCGAUGUGAUUGAAGAAACCGUAUUUCAGAGGCUGUGUGCCUGAAACCAUCAUCUCCUCUUCCUACUCGCUCCUCGUGUCACCAUCACUUUGACUUUUCCUCUGUCGAGUGAAUUAAAGGUGAUCUUUGGAGCUGAAGUUGUCCCAGCAUCGAGAUGAUCUCGGUAAACUUUUGAAGGACGUGAGGUGAGUUUGCAAUCGUGGAAGAAGAGGAGAAUGUUUGCGGUGUAACUUCCUUCCUGUCAGUGCAGGAGGAAACCUGUGGCUAUCAGUGUUUUUAUUCAUUUUAGUACCUUUUAAUUCAUUUCUUUGAACAGUUUAUUUGCUUUGACACAUCAAACCUUAUCAUAUAUUGAAUGUAAAGAGCUUUGAAUGACCGUGGAUCUCACCUGUGUUUCUCCUUCCUGAACUACUGCCUCACUGUACCUGGUGGAUCAAUCUUAAAUGAAGUGGAAUACGUUCCAGUUCUUAACGUGUGCAUUUGUUGAAUUUUGAGCAGUAUUGAGUUUUUGAAGAAAGUGGCACAACAGUCUUUUAAAGGCUGAAUUUAAGGGUCCAUCUGAAGAUGAAUACGUUAGAAAUGAUGAGCUGUGAUUUAGAAAUGUGGCCGACACCUCACGGAGUACAGCAGAAGAAGAGGGGACUGAGUCAGCUGUGUAGAAUGUGAAAUCCAAGUUUAUCUGAGUUUAUAUGAAAUGAUCAUUUGGCUGGCCAAUGAUUUAGAUUUAAAAAAACACAAAAACAAAAAAAAGCAGCAGAAGGAAUCAGUAUUAUUAUAAAGCCAGAACAUCACGAUCUGCAAAAUAAGGACUCAGUCCAAUCCUUGUAAAACUUAUCAGCUGAAUUUUCAUUUAAAAAUCUACCAUAAAUCGUUUGCUUUCUAAAACCUUUUUUUACCGUGUUUUCCUGAAACGAUGCUUCUGAUCUCACGCACGUAUCCUUUGCCUGUAGCUGAACGAUAAAUCACGUAUAUAUUCAAAUUAUCGUUUGAAAUUUUCAUCAGUGACUUACAUUAAUUAACAGUGUGAUUCUCUUUGUUAGAAAAUUGAGGAAAAAUGAACAAUAACUGUUUCACAAAGCUGAAACUGAUCAGUUACAUAAACCUGAUUUGUCAUCUAUAUUUCUAUAUUUGAAAUCAUACGGGGGAUUUUUUUAAUGGCUGUGAAGAGAACAGAACAGAACAGAAUGAAAGAAAGCAGUGAUGUUCUCACCUUUGUUUCUGAGGGAUGUGAGUCUACAGACCCAGUUCUGAGUAAACUGGGAGUUUAUUGGAUUUUUUUUUAGUCUGCUGUCAAGUCGAGACUACUGUGAUUUAUUGAGUUUCAUUCCAAAAUAUCUUAAUAUAUAUGUUAUAUUACACUUAAGACUGAAUCUAAAGGUCAGGAUGAAGGUCUAAAUGUCUCAGUAUUUAAAUUUAUGAUUUUUUUUCCACAGUAAUCUAAUGAUCGAUUUUGCUGACAAACUGUUGUCAGUGUUUUUUUUUUAUUUUGAAGAGAUGAAACUCUUCUGUAUCAUUUGUUCCUAAAUUGAAUGUAAGUCACUUAAAGACUUUGACUUUAAAAUGUGAAAUGUUUUAGCAAAAGACAAACCUAAAUACCUAAAUCUGACGGAGAGACUGACAAUCUAAAAGCAAGCGACAGUGUGAACUGAUGAACUGUAAAGUGCCAGCGUUGCGGAGCCUCCAGCUGAAAAUGAGAGAGUGAAAGAGAGAGUUUUAUCUUCGAACAUUAGCAAUAAACUCUGAGAAACCCAGCUCGGAUUUUCACGUCGAAGCACUGUAAAUUUCCAUUGUGUUGCUCCUCUGAGAUGCGUCCGCUGGUCAGUGUACAGAAGUGUCAUGUUUUUUUAAAGUGCACCUAAAACAAAAUGUUACUGCUGCUUAUUAUAAUACUAACAAACGCGCCUAAUAACUCCAGUGUACGUACUGUAUCUCAGCAGAAAGGUAGAGUUACCAUGAUGGAAAACAAACUUACUGACUGAACACUGAAAUCAGACUGACUGGUUGAACUUUCCUGGUGCUAAACUCCACCCGUCUGGGACACUAGGCAAGUCCAAACAAACACUCCAGAGGUGGUUUAAGACAAGGAUUAGUUUGACAUUUUGGGAAAUGCAACGGUUUGUUGAAAUGCCAAGAACGAGAUAAGACUGAUAGCACUCAUCUUCGUACCACAGCCAGUAAUUACAUUUUUGUAUUUAUUUUUAUUGAAAGUAAAUCUGAGGCAUGGGGAAAAAACUAAACCCUGCCAUACUCUCAGUAUAAUGUCUGAGAAAUCACCCAAAACAUAACCCCAGGAACAUCUGCAUUUCUCAUCUCAGUCUUUUGUGUGAGUUGGACAGACCAGACUGCCUGUGUCCAGCCUGUGUCCAGCCUUCGUCCUCCAGCUUAACGUUUAGAGUGGAGUCAGUCUUCUCAUCUGGUUCUUGGCAAAAAAACAAAGUGAAUAAACCGAUUUCCCACAAUGUCAGAAUAUAACGGGCCGUGUGAGCCCAGGAAGUGAAGGAUGCUGUUACUGAACAUUUCCAGGCCUUACUUUAUCUCUUCAAACACAUUCACUCGGACUGUUAAAUGUACUGUUCAGUGCCCGUUGUCGCUUCUCUUGUGAGAAGUCGGCAACUUGAUCAACAUUAAACUCUGGACUGAAUGUUGCCUCCAGAGGCCGGUGAAGUCCUCCGCAGCAUGUCGUCCAGUACCAGUGAUCCAGUGUUAGCCUGCUGCAGUUUAGGCCACUGAAAGUCAUUUCCCUUUACUUUUUUGUACAGUGUGACUUAAAACUACAGCUUCUGAACUACGUGUGCAUGCGAACUUCACAGGACCCGUAGGAUAUUUCUGCCUGGGUUGCUGUCAAAUGUAGUUAGUUUGACAAACGCAGUUGAGCAAAAACUCCAGAUUUAAAAAUGUGCUUUUGAUUUCCUGAAUGUGUGCCUUUGGGUGAAGAUCUCUGGCAAUAUACCUGGUUGUCCUUUACAAUACUAACCUGUACUAACACUACAAUACACUGCUUCUUAAGGUGGACUUUAAUGUGAGAAUAAAACAUUGCAAUGAGGAGAUGCAGUGCUGUAAAUAAGCUUCAAGCCAGCAGUGAAAUGGCAAUAUUUUCCACUGAAACCACUUACAAUGCAUGGCUCCUGUUUUUUAGGUUAUUAGUUUUAUUUCAUGCUAUCCAAUAUUUAUAUUCGGUUUUCUUCUCCUGUGUAUGACUGUAUAUAUUUACAUGUUUGGUUCUUUCACCUGUGAUAGACUUUGCAGAACUUGAAAUAAACUAUCAGACUUCUA